GGUUUAUGCAUGCGGCUUCAGAGUCUGCUAGUGACGCCACCAUUGUCACCGGUUCAUUAUCCAUACCUGACGUUUUCAGUAUGUGGAGAAAUUUAUCAAAGCAAUCUUCCUUACUUAGGAAAUAUAGAUUAAUUUCAGAGUCCCAUUCAUUUCCUCUGUACACUUUUAAUGGAAAUAAUCAAUCCCCUCAAUUGUCUGAGGAGAUCAGAGGUGGAAGGAAUGUUGAACGCACUAUUUCCACCUACAAAGAUCACAGUUCUACUCAAGCUUCAAUCUUUCCUCGAGCUGGUGAAAAGCUCAGCGGCGAUUUUUGUUUUUGGAUCAGCUUUGCCAGGGGCUAUGCUACUGCAGCUGAGGCUUUAGUUUCUUCCUCAGAGGAAGAUGCUGAAGAGAUUCAUGAGAUAACUGGGGAUGCUAGGGUAAGUAAUAAAGAUAUGAUGAUGACGAGCAAGCAGCACAAACAGCCGAAGACCAUUGGGGGAAUGGGGGUUUGGAAGUAUAAUGUGCUGAAGAAGAGACAAAUGAAGAUAGAGACGGAGGCAUGGGAAGAGGCAGCUAAGGAGUAUCAGGAGCUUUUGACGGAUAUGUGCAACCACAGUCUUGCUCCAAAUCUGCCUUAUGUGAAGUCUUUGUUUCUUGGCUGGUUUGAGCCUCUGAAGGAUGCCAUAGCUGCAGAGCAGCAAGCUUGUGCAGAAGGGAAGACCAGAUUAGGCCAUGCUCCAUAUUUCUCUCUUCUCCCUGCUGAAAUGAUGGCAGUCAUUACAAUGCACAAGUUGAUGGGGCUGUUGAUGGUUGGUAAUGGACACGGAAGUACUUCGAUCGUGCAGGCUAGUUGCCAUAUCGGGGAAGCCAUUGAGAACGAGGUUAGGAUAAAUAAGUUUUUGGAGAAAACAAAGAAAAAAGGUGCAACAAGUCCUGAUUCUGAAGAGCUACCUGAAGCUCAGAUGAAGGAAAACGGGAAACUGAGAAAAAAAGUCACUACUUUGAUUAAACAACAAAAGAUGCAACAGGUUAAAAUGAUAAUGAAGCAGCAGGAUGAUGGAAAGCCUUGGGGAAAGGGAAAUCAAGUCAAGGUCGGCAGCCAUUUGAUGAAAGUAUUAAUGGACACAGCCUAUAUACAGGUGCCUAUGAAUGAAUCAGAUGGUGUGCCUGACAUUCGGCCUGCAUUUGUUCACACAGUCAGAACUAUGGAAGCACCGGGAGGCUCGAGGAGAUAUGGGAUGAUUCAGUGUGAUCCUCUAGUUUUCAAAGGGCUUGAGAAAACUGCCAGGCACAUGGUGAUACCUUACAUGCCAAUGGUGAUCCCUCCUAAGGAUUGGACAGGGUAUGAUAAAGGCGCUUAUUUAUUUUUACCAUCGUAUAUUAUGCGCACACAUGGAGCUAAACAACAGAGUGACACCGUCAAAAGAGUUCCAAGAACUCAAUUAGCACAAGUUUUUCAGGCACUUAACACUCUUGGUAACACCAAGUGGAGGGUGAACAAAAGGAUACUUGGUGUUGUUGAUAGGAUAUGGACAAAUGGAGGCGGUCUUGCUGAUUUAGUUGACCGUGAAGAUAUUCCUUUACCAGAAAAGCCAGACACCGAAGAUGAAGCGGAAAUCAAGAAAUGGAAGUGGAAAGUUAGAAACAUGAAAAAACAAAACAGUGAGAGACAUUCUCAGCGGUGUGAUAUUGAAUUGAAAUUAGCUGUUGCACGAAAAUUGAGGGACGAGGAGGGAUUUUAUUACCCACACAAUAUCGAUUUUCGUGGACGUGCAUAUCCAAUGCAUCCAUAUUUGAAUCAUCUUGGCUCUGAUUUGUGCCGUGGAAUCCUGGAAUUUGCAGAAGCACGCCCACUUGGCAAGUCAGGGUUGCGUUGGUUAAAGAUACACCUAGCAAAUGUGUAUGGUGGUGGUAUUGAUAAGUUAUCGUAUGAAGGACGAGUGGCGUUUACUGAAAACCACGUGGAGGACAUUUUUGAUUGUGCAGACCGGCCUCUUGAAGGAAAACAGUGGUGGUUGGGCGCAGAGGAUCCUUUUCAAUGCUUAGCAACAUGCAUUAAUCUUACUGAGGCUCUUAGAAGCCCAUCUCCCGAGACUUACCUUUCUCAUAUGCCUGUGCAUCAGGAUGGCUCAUGUAACGGUUUGCAACAUUAUGCUGCCCUAGGGAGGGAUAAGUUAGGAGCAGCAGCUGUCAAUCUUGUUGGUGGAGACAAGCCAGCUGAUGUUUACUCCGGAAUUGCUGCUCGAGUUCUUGAUAUUAUGAAGAGUGAUGCCGCUAAAGAUCCUGCAUCUGAUCAGAAUGUGAUGCUCGCAAGACGUUUAAUAGACCAGGUAGACAGGAAAUUAGUCAAACAAACGGUGAUGACUUCGGUGUAUGGAGUCACCUACGUUGGGGCCCGUGAACAAAUCAAAAGAAGGUUAAAGGAGCGUGGUGUGAUCGAAGAUAACAAUGAGUUGUUUUCAGCUUCUUGCUAUGUGGCAAUAACUACAUUGACUGCCUUGGGAGAAAUGUUUGAAGCUGCACGAGGCAUCAUGAGCUGGCUUGGAGACUGUGCCAAGAUCAUUGCUCGGGAGAAUCAUCCUGUACAGUGGACAACUCCACUUGGACUACCUGUUGUGCAACCAUACCGAAAAGUUGGAAGGCAUCUUAUUAGGACAUCUCUUCAGAUCUUGACAUUAAAACGGGAAACAGACAAGGUCAUGGUCCAGAGGCAGAAGACAGCCUUCCCUCCAAAUUUUGUACACUCACUUGAUGGUUCCCAUAUGAUGAUGACUGCCAUUGCUUGCAAAGAAGGAGGCUUAAAUUUUGCAGGUGUGCAUGAUUCAUACUGGACUCAUGCACGUGAUGUUGAUCAAAUGAAUAGAAUACUAAGAGAGAAGUUUGUGGAGCUUUAUGAAAAACCCAUAUUGGAAAAUCUAUUGGAAAGUUUUCAACAGUCCUUCCCUAAAUUACAAUUCCCUCCUUUGCCUGAGCGAGGUGAUUUUGACCUGAGAGAAGUUCUGGAUUCCCCUUACUUUUUCAACUAAGGUUAACGUGGAAUGUUUGCAUUCUCCAAUUCCAUUGGUAAGAACGGGCGUGGCUGGAGCUGUGUGGGGGCAAUCAUUUUUUUUUUGCAAAGAGGCCCAUGCAAUAGGAGGGCAGUGCCCUACACAUGGUGAUGCCAUUGAUACAUCUCAUGAAUGCUACGUUGCUACGACAUAUACAUGUAAGUGAUAUAGAGGAUGAACGAUAUAGGGGAUGUUCGUCGUCACUUUGAAGGUGAGAUGACUAAUAAUCUGAAGUGGCCAUUACUUUGAAGGCGAGACGACUAAUAAUCUGAAGUGGCCAUGCACUUCCUGUAAGCUGGCUAGGUGAGGAGAGAGAGCGUUUUCUUCAUGUAUAAAUUAUUUGUGUUUUUCUUAUUAAAUGUAUAUAGCAGCUUGCUCUCAUAGGGUAUCAACUUCCAUUUGUAGCUCACAUCUAUAUUCUUUUAAUCUGCAUUCAAAUAAUAACAGAGACAGUUGUUCAUCUUCUGUUGGGGAAGACCGAAAUCCAAUCAAUCAAUUGUUAUUAACUUAUUAUUAUCUUGAAGUCUUGAACAUUUCAAGGAUUGCA